CGGUCACGCGCAGCGACUGUGGAACCUGUGUCCAUGUGGAAAAGUUGAAGUGUUGCUCGUAGCGAACUGUUACAGAAAAUUAGGCAAAGUGAGUAUGAGUUACUGUAAUUGUCAGUCCAUCUUUGAGCUGUUUAUAAAUUCUAAGUAUUUUACUAAGCGAGGUUCAGCGUGGAUAUGACUUUAGCAAGCUAGCCAUGUUAUCAAAACUAGCUAGCUAGUUCAAGUAUGGGUAGCUGCCAGGGUAGCCGUGUUCACCUCAAAUGUAUAGCCCAAAGACUAGGGGUGUGCCGACAUGGCCAUACUCGUCGUAAUCGUAUUUGUAAAUUGACAGGUGAUAGUCGGAUCGGAUGAUACUCAUGAUUGGAAAAAGCGGAAGUAUUUUAAUAUGCCUAAAUAGAUGUUGGAAAAAUACCUCCCUGCACAUUCUUUCUACAAAAAGAGCUGCAGAUUAGGAGUAGCGCGCGGAGGGGUGCGUGUACUCAAUUUGCAGUGGACAGCCACAUUUGUUUUCACUCAGUCAGAAUGGGCAUCAGCGUUUAAUCUUUUUUUCCCUAACCUUGCCCCGUAUGUUAGAUAUUAUGCACAUUGAUAGCUUGAUAGCAAACGUCCUCACCAUGUCAUUUAUCAUAGUAGCAGGCAGCAGCAAUCGAAAUGAUCAGACUGAAAAAUGCUUGGGUGAAAUUAUGAAGCGAGUGGACGGAGAAAUACAGCUUCACUCUAUCCAAUCAGAGCGGCAUGAUCAACGUACAGCCCGCCCUUCUAUUUACAGACAGCCACUUGAGUUAUUUAGCCCAAGUAGAACCUCGCACAUGACCUGACUAACAUGAGAAAGAUGCAUGCUGGCACCGACUACUUGGCACACCCCUACCAAAGACCACUCAAAACCCAUCCACAAGGCCUGAAAACUAGGCCCAAAUAGUUUUUUCCCCAGCAAGAAAGGAGUUGACAUAUUUAUCCAAUAAACUCUUUUUCCAUAACGUUAUUGAGCGAAUUAAGGAAUAUUGAAGGAACUUGUAAGACAUAAAUUCGGGUUUCAAAAAAAUAAUUAUUGAGAGGUAACUUCAUGUAAUAGAGGUGCUGGUAGAAAUGAGGUAAAACUGAUUUAAGUUUCCCUGCAUUAAAGUCCCCGGCCACUAGGAGCGCUGCCUCUGGAUGAGCGUUUUCCUGUUUGCUUAUGGCCUUAUGCAGCUUAUUCGAGUGCAGUCUUAGUGCCAGCAUUGGUUUGUGGUGGUAAAUGGACAGCUAUGAAGAAUAUAGAUAGUGUGGUUUACAGCUUAUCAUGUGAUACUCUACCUCAGGCGAGCAAAACCUUGAGACUUCCUUAGAUAUCGUGCACCAGCUGUUGUUUUUCAAAUAUACAUAGACCCUUGUCUUACCAGAGGCUGCUGUUCUAUCCUGCCGAUACAGUGUAUAACCCGCCAGCUGUAUGUUAUUCAUGUCGUCGUUCAGCCACGACUCGGUGAAACAUAAGAUAUUACAGUUUUUAAUGUCCCGUUUGUAGGAUAUACCUGCAUGUAGUUCGUCCACUUUAUUAUCAAGCGAUUGUACGUUGGCCAAGAGUGCUGAUGGCAAAGGCAGAUUAGCCACUCGUCGCCGGCUCCUUACCAGGCACCCCAAUCUCCUUCCGCAAUAUCUUCGUCUCUUUCUACUGCGAAUGACGGGGAUGAGGGCCCUAUCGGGUGUCUGGAUCAAAUCCCUCUCAUCCGACUCAUUAACUAAAAAUUAUUAGUCCAGUUCAAGGUGAGUAAUGGCUGUUCUGAUGUCCAGAAGCUCUUUUCGGUCAUAAGAGAUGCCCUACUCUCUGUUUAUUAUCUAUGCAUAGUCACUUUAAUAAUAAUAAUACAUGUACAUAUUACCUCAAUUACCUCGACUAACCGGUGCCCCUGCACAUUGACUCGCGGUACCCCCUGUAUAUAGCCUCGCUAUUGUUAUUUUACUGCUGCUCUUUAAUUAUUUGUUACUUUUGUAACUUUUUUUUUAUAGGUAUUAUUUCUUAAAACUGCAUUGUUGGUUAAGGGCUUGUAAGUAAGCGUUUCACUGUAAGGUCUACACCUGUUGUAUUCGGCACAUGUGACAAAUACGAUUUGAUUUGAAUUGACAUAUGUCAAUAGCGUGCAGCUACAUACAAAUGUUGGGCUAUAUGUUUUGAUUUGUGGCCGUAAUGCCCCCUAGAAAAAAUACAUUCCUUUUGCGGCCAGUGGCCGUUGUGCCCUUAGGCUGAAUAUAAUAAUUAUAUACUGAACAAAAAUAUAAACGCAACAUGCAACAAUUUCAAAUAUUUGACUGAGUUACAGUUCAUAGAAGGAAAUCGGCGUGGUUACAUGUGGUCUGCGGUUGUGAGGCCGGUUGGAUGUACUGCCAAAUUCUCGUGUUGCGUUUAUAUUUUUGUUCAGUAUAAUUCCCUUCUCUCGGCUUCGUGCUCCAAAGCACUUCUCACUCACAUGGCUCUCUCGGAUAUCUCAAUUCUUAUUAGUCCAAUGCCUGUCACGUGAUUUGGCCCUUCUCACAUCUCAGCUCCGAAGUAGGCUACAAGUGAAGACAGACAAAUCGGGGACGCAACUGCUCGCGUCCUUCUUAAAGAUUUCCGAGGCACAUAUUGAAGAUGUUGGAAGAGCUGUCCACAUUUACUUUCGUCAGCCAACAAGAUGAUGAUAAUAAUAAUAUGCCAUUUAGCAGACGCUUUUAUCCAAAGCAACUUAGUCAUGUGUGCAUAGAUUUUUAUGUAUGGGUGGUCCCAGGGAUCGAACCCACUACCCUGGCGGUACAAGCGCCAUGCUCUACCAAUUGAGCUACAGAGGACCACAAUGAAUAGGCCUAACGAACAGCAAAAGCACUAGCCUAUGUCAAUGUACUAUCCCCCAUAGUACAAAAGUUGACCUAUUCUAUUGGCCAACUUGUCCUUCUGUGCGAUUUUUAAAUAAAUAUUCAAAAUAGUCUGGGACAGUUGUCGGAUGUGAUAGAUCCCAAAUUAAAACAACCACUAGCAUCAAGAAAACUAAUGCUGAUGCAACAUAUCAGAACUAUUAGGCUAUUUCUUCACAUUAUGCGCACAAGACAGUAGGCUAUAAGCACGAAUAUUCCAAAAUGCAAUAAAUUAGUGGGAAAACACCAUUCUCAAAAGUAACCGCAAAUGCGAUUAUGCAUGUAAUGCUUUAUUAUAAAGGAGCAUUUUUAUGGUGAAAAUUAUCUUCCCCAAACUUGAAACUCACGCGCCGCCUAUGUAUGCCAGUUAGGCUCUACACCGGUUGUAAAGCUGAUUAAUGUGCUUAAUUUUGAGAAGUUAUUUGGCCACUUAAGUUGUGAUACAAACCUUAUUAAAACAUAUAGGCCUAUGGGCUAGGCUACAUGAGGUGUGUGACUAUGAUUUGAAAAAGUAGCACACAAAAAAGGCAUGCGCUGUUUCUUUCCUUAAUGCACACAAGCUGGGCGUCAUUCACAAGUAAUAGGCUAAUAUUGGCACCCCAUCACACUAUUCUUGAUUUAAUCUUGUCUUUACAUAUACUAUAUAAUAUAUGUGUGAAAUUUGUUUUGAUUUAGAAUGGACCAUUAUCAUGCACCUAUCUCGAAACAGGGGCAGGGGAAAAUAAUACAAUCUAUGCACUUAAAUAGCGAAUGGAGGACGCUUUUCCCGUGGUUUAUUUUCAUGCCAGCCAGGUAGGCUAUACUCCUGUUGUAAAGAGAAGCAAUGUGCUUAAUAUUAGCAAAGAUGAGAAAUAAAUAUAGUAGGCCUAGCCUAUAGAAAUUUGAUGGGAUCCUCCUCUUUUUAAUAGAGGCCAUCAAAACUCUGUUUUAUCACUUAAUUGCAUAGCCUAUAGAAAUGAGCUCAUGGGCUCUCGUGAAGUGUUCGAUUCGAUUAGAGGGACAAUAGAGUGCUGAGUACCAGGCAGUUAGCAAGUUUGGUAGCCUACUAAUGACCAGCAGCAUCAGAGCUUGGAGAAGCCUAGUUACCGUCACUUGGAAUUUGACUGCGGUCGACCGCCGGUGUGGCGGGAAUACGGUCACACCGUAAUAGCCCUAAUUCUGACUACAGCUGAUCGGUAAUUGCGAUAGAGCUGUGACCAUGAUCACGAUUGAUAACUUCCUAUUUAAUUAACUAAACAUUGUCAUUAGUAAUUGUAUAAUAACACAAGGCUACAACAACAAUAAACUGACAUUAUAGGCUAUUUAUUAAAUCCAUUUGCAAGCUCCAGGUAGGCUACACAAGUGGCACAAAUUGAUAUGGAAUGACUCCAGUGAUAUUGUCAUUUCAACAUAUUUAUUGUAUCAAAUGGUAGGCUACAGUAGCCUACAAUGGCAUAGAAAUUAAUAGGCUACUUGAUGGCCAACAGAUGCAAAUUUAUCACAUUUAAUGUCAGUUUCAUUGUGGACCUUUCCCCCCAUAACAGAAGCAUGCGAGGGAGUUCCUUAACUUCCAUUUCAAAUUUCCACUCGCACAUCGAGCAUGCGUAAAACCCUUUGCUUGAUACGGUUUUCCAUAAGCAAAGUCGACAUUAGAAUGCACUUUAAACCACCACCGAGCGAAUUUAUCUAAUGCGCUCUAGUGCGCCUAAAGUCGUUUUCCAGUGCUUUGUCAACGUUAUGUCUUGAUGUGCAUCAGUUCUAGCGGGUUAAUGUUUUAUGGAAAAAGGGUUGGAAAUAGGUGUCUCCAUAAUCACAAUAGCCUACCUACAACUGGUAAAAAGUUGUUGCGUGCGUGCGUGCGUGCGUGCUGCUCUGUCCCCUCUCACUCACCUGACUCAGCUGCCUGCUGCAGCACUCUCUCAACACACACGGCCCUCACCACUCACUCAUCAACAGCCUGCUCACUGCCUGAUAGUCAGAAGCAGCAGGUCACAGUGACUUAAAAGAGAAAUGCCAUGGCGGUCGCAGUGCAAUUUAGAAGUAGCCCAAAAACCUUCCACCUCAAAGUAACCCAAUUGCGGGAAAUCCGUGGACAUGGCAACCCUGGUAGCUGCAGCCCAAUAUGGCGACAGGUGUAUGGGCGAGUGGGUGUGUCGAAAGGAGUGUGUAUGGAAAGCGAAUCAGCUAAUUGGACAGAUUUGUUGCCCCUCAAGAACGUUUGGCGUGGCUGAGUGGGCUGCACGAUGAGAUAAGCCGACGACGACUAGUGCAUCAGUGUUGUAUCGAGUGCUUCCUACUGGGUAUCACGGUUGUGUCGCCGGUGGUAGCUAAUGUGGCCAUUUCAGAUUUUCUUUCAAGUAGGAUAGCAGCCUACACAAUAAAUAACUAAUGUUGAUUACCAUCUAUACUUAACACAAAUAAAUGCAACAUGAAAAGUGUUAGUCCCAUCUUUCAUGUGCUGAAAUAAAAGAUUAGCACAAAAGGCUUAUUUCUCUCAAAUUUUGUGCACAAAUUUGUUGACAUCCCUGUUAGUGAGCAUUUCUCCUUAGCCAAGAUAAUCCAUCCACCUGACAGGUGUGGCAUAUUAAGAAGCUGAUUAAUCAGCAUGAUAAUUACAGAGGUGCCCCUUGUUCUGGGGACAAUAAAAGGCCCUCUAAAAUGUGCAGUUUUCUCACACAACACAAUGCCACAGAUGUUUUGAGGGAGUGUGCAAUUGGCAUUGUGACUGCAGGAAUGUCCACCAUUUAAUGUUCAUUUCUCUACCAUAAGCCGCCUCCAAUAUCGUUUUAGAGAAUUUGACAGUACAUGCAACCGGCCUCACGACCGCAGACCACGUGUAACCACGCCAGCCGAGGACCUCCACAUCCGGCUUCUUCACCUGCGGGAUAGUCUAAGGAGGUGGAGGGGGGUGCUGAGGAGUAUUUCUGUCUGUAAUGAAAACCCUUUUGUGGGGAAAAACUAAUUCUGAUUGGCUGGGCCUGGCUCCCCAGUGGAAAACCUGGCUCCCAAGUGGGUGGGCCUAUGCCCUCCCAGGCCUACCCAUGGAUUUCAAUUAACUGAUUUCUUUGCAUUUAUAUACACUGCUCAAAAAAAUAAAGGGAACACUAAAAUAACACAUCCUAGAUCUGAAUGAAUGAAAUAAUCUUAUUAAAUACUUUUUUCUUUACAUAGUUGAAUGUGCUGACAACAAAAUCACACAAAAAGUAUCAAUGGAAAUCAAAUUUAUCAACCCAUGGAGGUCUGGAUUUGGAGUCACCCUCAAAAUUAAAGUGGAAAACCACACUACAGGCUGAUCCAACUUUGAUGUAAUGUCCUUAAAACAAGUCAAAAUGAGGCUCAGUAGUGUGUGUGGCCUCCAUGUGCCUGUAUGACCUCCCUACAACGCCUGGGCAUGCUCCUGAUGAGGUGGCGGAUGGUCUCCUGAGGGAUCUCCUCCCAGACCUGGACUAAAGCAUCCGCCAACUCCUGGACAGUCUGUGGUGCAACGUGGCAUUGGUGGAUGGAGCGAGACAUGAUGUCCCAGAUGUGCUCAAUUGGAUUCAGGUCUGGGGAACGGGCGGGCCAGUCCAUAGCAUCAAUGCCUUCCUCUUGCAGGAACUGCUGACACACUCCAGCCACAUGAGGUCUAGCAUUGUCUUGCAUUAGGAGGAACCCAGGGCCAACCGCACCAGCAUAUGGUCUCACAAGGGGUCUGAGGAUCUCAUCUCGGUACCUAAUGGCAGUCAGGCUACCUCUGGCGAGCACAUGGAGGGCUGUGCGGCCCCCCAAAGAAAUGCCACCCCACACCAUGACUGACCCACCGCCAAACCGGUCAUGCUGGAGGAUGUUGCAGGCAGCAGAACGUUCUCCACGGCGUCUCCAGACUCUGUCACAUGUGCUCAGUGUGAACCUGCUUUCAUCUGUGAAGAGCACAGGGUGCCAGUGGCGAAUUUGCCAAUCUUGGUGUUCUCUGGCAAAUGCCAAACGUCCUGCACAGUGUUGGGCUGUAAGCACAACCCCCACCUGUGGACGUCGGGCCCUCAUACCACCCUCAUGGAGUCUGUUUCUGACCGUUUGAGCAGACACAUGCACAUUUGUGGCCUGCUGGAGGUCAGGUAGUGGGUUCGAUCCCCGGGACCACCCAUACACAAAAGAAAUGUAUGCACGCAUGACUGUAAGUCGCUUUGGAUAAAAGCGUCUGCUAAAUGGCUUAUAUAUAUAUAUAUAUAUAUAUAUAUUUUGCAGUGCUCCUCCUGCUCCUCCUUGCACAAAGGCGGAGGUAGCAGUCCUGCUGCUGGGUUGUUGCCCUCCUACGGCCUCCUCCACGUCUCCUGAUGUACUGGCCUGUCUCCUGGUAGCGCCUCCAUGCUCUGGACACUACGCUGACAGACACAGCAAACCUUCUUGCCACAGCUCGCAUUGAUGUGCCAUCCUGGAUGAGCUGCACUACCUGAGCCACUUGUGUGGGUUGUAGACUCCGUCUCAUGCUACCACUAGAGUGAAAGCACCGCCAGCAUUCAAAAGUGACCAAAACAUCAGCCAGGAAGCAUAGGAACUGUGAAGUGGUCUGUGGUCACCACCUGCAAAACCCGUCCUUUAUUGGGGGUGUCUUCAAAUUGCCUAUAAUUUACCACCUGUUGUCUAUUCCAUUUGCACAACAGCAUGUGAAAUGUAUUGUCAAUCAGUGUUGCUUCCUAAGUGGACAGUUUGAUUUCACAUAAGUGUGAUUGACUUGGAGUUACAUUGUGUUGUUUAAGUGUUCCCUUUAUUUUUUUUAGCAGUGUAUUUUUCCAGUAUAGAUGUCACCUUGAUACAUACAUAGUCUACUACUAAAUGGGGAGGGCAUGAAAGGCAACAACACAGUGCCCUUCGCUCCGACUUCCGGCAACGGCAUGGGAAGUAGCUACCUAGUAGUCAAUAUCAGGGUGACAGUCACAAUAAGCACAUGCAUACAACGCAUGAAGCAACAGUCGUCAAUACCAAUCGUCAGUUUUAUAACUGAAAAUGUACAAUUGUUUGUAUAAAACUAACAGUGAAAUAUGAUUCAGACUCAUCCUCUGGCUUAAAAACAGAAGUCCAAACUCUCGCGGUAUUGUAACUCAAUGUACGGUAGUGCCUGGUAAGAAACGGAAGGAAAAACAACACCUAACACAAUCAAAACAGUCUAACCUACACGUCCACUACUUUCCUUUUGACACACCCACUCGCCCACACUCCGGUCGCCUUAUUGGAAUGCAGCUAGUUUUGUAACUGUGAAGCUAGCUAGGCUGCUAGCCUGAGACUAGCUCUCGAGAACCCAAUGUAAUGGAAUUGGAGUCGUGAUAAUGGCAAGCCUGAGACUCCUAGCUAAUGUGAACCAACAACGCAGCAGUCUAGCUUUUUUACUACAGUCUAAAUAUUUUAUGUAUUGGAUUCAGUGUUUAUUACCACUUCAUUCACAUCCUCACUGUAUCUGGACUUCUCUCCCUUUCCAGAUUUAGUAGCUACACCAUUAUUCUCAGCAUGGCAAGUGAGCAGGAGGUGGCUGCAGUCGGCAAGAUUCUUGUCAACCCAAAGCAGGACCUAACAACACGGUUCAGAGCUCUCUUCACCCUGCGUAACCUGGGCGGACCAGAGGCCAUCGAAUGGAUCAGUCAGACUUUUGUUGAUGACUCUGCUCUGUUGAAACAUGAGCUGGCAUACUGCCUGGGCCAAAUGCAGGAUGAGAGGGCCAUCCCCACGCUAGAAACUGUUCUAAAAGACACAACACAGGAGCCUAUGGUCAGGCAUGAAGCAGGUCAGUAUGCCAGCUCAUGAGUCCACUCUCAUUCAUACAUACUGUAUUCAUAAACAUGUUCACAGAUAAUGAUAAUAAUAGUGCUUAUAUAAACAGUGGACUCUUUUUUUAUUUAUUUAGGGGAAGCAUUAGGAGCUAUUGGGAACAUCAAGGUCCUUGACUUACUGAAAGAGUACUCAGAGGACCCAGUCAUCGAGGUAUGGUAAAACGAGGCAUAUUGGAGAUAAAUAGAAGUAGUGUAGAGAAUAUGUGGAAAUGAAACAUCACACAGCACUUGCAGUUAGUCAUAUUGUCAAUGACCAGUACAGUGCCUGUAUAGUGGUUAUUACAGGACUGUCGUUCUCCACCAGGUGGCAGAGACGUGCCAGUUGGCUGUUAGGCGGCUGGAGUGGCUGAUAUCUGGUGGGGACCAGAAAGGAGAGAAGGGCACCGAUGGAAACCCCUACUGUUCUGUGGACCCUGCUCCCCCAGCCCAGAGGAAGACUGUCCAUGAGCUGAGGACACAGCUCCUGGAUGAGAGCCUACCACUGUUUGAGCGCUACAGGGCCAUGUUCGCCCUCCGCAACCUGGGCACAGAGGAGGCUGUCCUGGCUCUAGGAGAUGGUGAGAGACUGGCAGUCAUUCUUAAACUAUGCGGUCUAUGGCAAUGGGCAAUAAAGGAUCGAAUUGGUAACAUGCAGAGGGGCUUAUUUUUGGCCAAAUGUGGAGCCAGCCACAUAAUUGUUAUUUGCAUAAGCUAAUUUUCUUGUCCUGAAUCAUCGUCAUUGCAUAACCCUCCACUAUCAGCGUCUCUGAACACCAACACUCACUCAGCCCUUUGUUGUCCUGCCACCCAGGUCUUCAGUGUAGCAGUGCCUUGUUCCGCCAUGAGAUCGGCUACGUCUUGGGUCAGAUCCAGCACCCAGCCAGCAUCCCCCAGCUGCAGGCAGCCCUGGAGCUGGACGGGGAGAACGCCAUGGUGAGACACGAGUGUGCCGAGGCCCUGGGAUCCAUCGGGAAGGAGGAGUGUAUGAAGAUCCUAGAGCGCUACAGGAAAGACACAGAGCGCGUGGUGAAGGAGAGCUGUGAGGUAGCCCUGGACAUGCUGGAGUAUGAGAACGGCACACAGUUCCAGUACGCUGACGGACUACUACGACUGCAGGGGGAGCAGUAAGGGCCAAACAGCAAGCAUGGACACUAGGAGAACUGCUAUACAGCACUAUAAGAGCUUUCCACUGAGGUCAUAACUCAUGAUCACUGAAACCCAUUUUCACUUAUUGAAACCAUCUGACUCGCCUGUCAUUAUUAGCCUUAAUGAGACAAGGCAGUGUAAUAAUUGUAUUACAGUACAUUCGAAGACCUGAUUGUCAAUCAAAGGUUGUUAAUCCACUUUUCUGCUCUGUCGUAUUCGCAUAGAUUUCUAUCUCGACGCAAAUAAAGACUUAGGGAACAACAUUAUGCUGUAUUGUCUCAAUAGUGUCGCUUAGCGCUACCAUGGCAGUAGUACAUCAGCUUUCAUGUAGGCUUUUCCAUAAGUUUGCCUGUGUUCUAUUCCAGUCAGAUGUGAGAUCAUGAUGGCUCAGGGAGGUGUUGGAUCAAGAUGGCUAAUCCACACAGCCACGCACACUCCGCCAUCAGAGAAAAUAAUAAUAGGGUCAUAUAAAAUUGGAAAUACUUUCCUUUCAGCUUUCUCAUUCCCACUGAAACACAUUGCUAUCAUCUGUCUUAACAAAUUACAAAUGGGAUGAAAAUGCAGAAUUUACACUUAAUAAGACGCUUUUAUCCAAGGUAACUUAGUCAUGCGUGCAUACAUUUUAAUGUAUGGGUGGCCCCAGUGGAAUUAAACCCACGACCCUAGGCAUUGCAAGCGCCAUACUUUACUGCAGGGGUAGGCAACCCUGUUCCUGGAGUUCCGCAGAUACUGAAGGAUUUUGUUCCAACUAGGCACCACACCUGACCAACUGAGCUAAUUGAUCAGUUCAACACACCUGGUCUUCUAGGUUCGUUAAAUCAAAUACCUGAAGAGCCUGCGGAAGUCUAGGACCAGGGUUGCCUACCCCUGCUCUACCCGGUAGUGUAUGGCGCUUGCAACGCCAAGGGUCGUGGGACCAUUCCCGCUAGAGUCUACCGACUGAGCUACACAGGACCACUUAACAGUACAAACAGACCCCUUUCGUAACCCUGAUCAAGGGAACACUUCUGUAAGUGUGGUGUGACGUGUUUACAUCUUCAGUUGUGAGCUCUGUAGAGAGUGGGGACAGAAAGGCUGCUGUCAGCUCUUUGGAGGGAUAGAGAAUUAGCAGCGUGCUGAGAGGGAGGGCGACAGCUAUAGUAAAAUGGGGAUGAAGGACCCACUCCUGUACACUAAACUUAGCUAAACACACAGCCGUGGAGACAGUGCCCAGAAUUCCCUCAACCAGCCAACACCUCCGAGUCACCAUGAUGCACCCCAUCAUGAUCGGCAUCGUUAUCGUCAACACCUCCAUCACCGUCAUCUACUGGAUCUUCAUCCUCACAGAGGCCUUCCAUAGGAAGAUCGAGGAAGAGGACAAACCUAAGGAUAACCCUGCC